AUGCCCCGUCCUGGGAAGAACUCAUACAGUGACCAGAAGCCCCCUUACUCCUACAUAUCACUGACAGCCAUGGCUAUCCAGAACUCAACCGAGAAGAUGCUGCCCCUGAGUGACAUUUAUAAGUUCAUCAUGGACCGGUUUCCUUAUUACCGAGAGAACACCCAGAGGUGGCAGAACUCCCUGCGACACAACCUCUCGUUCAACGACUGCUUCAUCAAGAUCCCUCGGCGGCCUGACCAGCCCGGGAAGGGCAGCUUCUGGGCUCUGCACCCGGACUGCGGGGACAUGUUCGAGAACGGCAGCUUUCUGCGGAGACGGAAGCGCUUCAAGGUGCUGCGCGCCGAGCACAUGGCCUGCAAGAGCUCCCCGAUGAUGCACUACUUCCACCACCACCACCACCACCACCCGGGCGGCAAGCUGGGCGCAGCGUCCGGCCACCACGAGCACUCACCCGGGCCAGCGGGCACCGUGGGUCGGCUGCCUCACUUCCAGGGUUACGGGGGCAUCGCCUGCGCACAGCCCGGCGGGUUUAAACACCCGUUCGCCAUCGAGAACAUAAUCGGACGGGACUACAAAGGUGUGAUGGCCAGCGGGCUCCCUCUCACCUCCGUCAUGCACCACCUGGGUUACCCGGUGCCCCCGCAGCUCAGCAGCGUGGUGAACUCCAUGUGGCCGCACGUCGGGAUGCUGUCAGAGUCCAUGGGUGGCGUGUCCAUGCCCAAUUCAUCCGAGUACGCGCCCUUCAGCGUGUCAGCGAAGGGCCUGUACCACAACGCCACCGGGCCAACCAUGCCCGCCGUGCCCGUGCCAAUCAAACCCACCCCGUCCCUGGGUCCCGUGCCGGGCUUGACCGGGCUGCAGUCCGGCCCGGCACAGCUCUGCUCGCCGGCCUCAGCGAUGGAGAAGAGCGAUCUGCUGGAGGGGAAAGGCAACCACUUACACCCGGCUCUCCUGCUGUCCUAA